AUGACAGAUUUAAAGCAACGACCAAAAGGAGAUACCUUGAUUCUAUGGAAAUUGGAAACAUUGCAAGUCGCUGCCACGAAUCUUUCAACUGUUGCCAUAGUCUUUGCACUUUGGGGUUCUCUUUUUGUGCUCGUGUCCUUUGUCUUUGGUGUCACUUACAAAACAUUGAAAAACAAGAAUGAAACCUUUAAUCUUUUUUAUUUUAUUGUUUUGAAUUUCGUCGAACCAAUUUGUUUUCAAAUCGCACAAUUUAUUAUAAUUUACAACUCAGUAAGGCCAACUCCGAAUAAUGCACCAUUGGGUCGGGCAUUCAGCGUUAUGAAAAAUCCACAACACCCUUUCAGAACAUUAUCAAGUGUGAGGGUGUCAAGUGCGAGAGUAUCAAGAAUAUCGAGUACGAGAAUAGAACAAGAUACUCGUUCCAGCAUGACGCAACCUGCGUCCAUUGUUCCUAAGUCAUAUCUAUUAUCUCCGCCAGAAACUUGCAGUAGACCCACAAGUUCCGUAAGCUCAAAUCCCAUAAAUACGGAUUCAUCAAAUAUAUUAUUACAACCUGUUCAUCCAAGAAAUCGCUUAAGUAAAAAUCUCGAUACAAUAAGCAAUGCAUGUGAAAAUCUCGAUACAAUAAGCAAUGCAUGUGAAAAUCUCGAUACAAUAAGCAAUGCAUCGACAUCAUAUUAUUCGAUCGGAGAAAACUUUAUAACAUCAAGUCGAAAUAAUUCCCCGACUGAUUUCAAUCAAAAAGAAACCAAUAGUCAAAGAACAAGUUCCCAACUUUCUGGCCAUAGUCACUCUAUCAAUGAACAUUUAAAUAAUUCUGAUUCAGUGCAGCCCUUGCAACAAUCUCAUCGUUUAAGUAACACCAGUUUAUCGACACCCUUAAAUUACAGCAGGGAAGAUGAAUUAUGA